CACCACGCCUGAGAAGUUCUUCAUCGAGGCUUGUGAUGACGGCUGUGAGGACGUCCUGGCCAUCGACAGAGUGUCCACUGAGAUGAUACUCACAGUGAGGAGGGACGUCCCCGCCUCCGCAGACAGCCGGCCGAUAAGUGGCCUCAUGGGGGACGAUCCGCCUGGUGGCAGGUAUGUACCUGGUGGUCAUCACGAAGAAGAAGAAGGUGGGAGACCUGCUGGGACACGCUGUGUGGAAAGCUCUGGAGUUUGACAUCAUCUCGUACAAGAAGACAAUAUUACACCUGACUGACAACCAGAUGCAGGACAACAAGACGUUCCUGUCCAUGAUCAACCACGUGCUGCACACCGACGGCUUCUACUUCGCGACGGACUACGACCUGACACACACUCUGCAGCGACUCGCCAACACCAGCCCCGAGUUCCAGGAGAUGAGUCUUCUGGAGAGGGCGGAUCAGCGUUUUGUGUGGAACGGUCACCUGUUGAGAGAGUUCAUGACUCAGCCCGAGCUACACAAGUUUGUGUUUCCUGUUAUCCACGGCUUCAUCGCUCUGAGGUCGAGCUGCAUCAACGGGAAAGUGUUUGAGUGGAGUAUCAUCUCCAGGAGGAGCUGCUUCAGAGCCGGAGUGCGAUACUACGUCAGAGGUAUUGAUACUGAGGGUCAUGCUGCUAACUACGUGGAAACAGAGCAGGUGGUGCAGUUCAACAGCGCCAAGGCCUCGUAUGUUCAGACCAGAGGCUCCAUCCCCUUCUUCUGGUCCCAGAGACCAAACCUCAAGUACAAACCAAAACCACAGAUCAGCAAGACUGUCAACCAU